GUUACAUGCCGAUAGAGUUUCAUGAAAGUGGAAACCGUGUCUGUCAGUGUUGUUGUGAAGACGGCCACAGCAGGAGGUCUUCUGGUCACCUACGGCUCAUAAACAGAGAAACAACAAGGCGACUGAAGCGAUUAUCAUGCAGUGCUUCAUGUGCAAGCUGCGUACUCACCAGUGGUGCUUCCUCCUCUUCAACGUGCUGCUCUUCCAUGCCUUGUUGUUUGGGGCCGAUUUUGUGGAGGAGUACCUCCUGCAGCCCAAACCCGGGGUUUACACUGAUGCUAUGGUUGUUGCUGUAAGGGAGAAAGCGAGGAAAUUAGACCUGAGCAACGCCAGGGACAACGUCUCCCAGGCGUACCUCAUCACCGACCCCGACGUUUGCAAAAACUCCGACCUCUUCCUCCUCGUCAUAGUCUUCAGCUAUCCAGCCAAUGUCACCCAAAGAGAUGCGAUCAGGAAGACGUGGGCCAACCAAACUCUCAUCCAAGGCUUUCCGGUGAGGACUGUGUUCUUCUUAAGUUCCACUCAAACUUCAGCUGCUCAAGAGGUCCUCGUGAAGGAGUCUGAACGUUACGGGGACUUGGUCCAGGGUCAUGCUGCUGCUGCGGACUCCCUACGUGGCCCAACGGAGAGGACGGUGCUGGCUCUCCGUUGGGUCAUCGCCUUCUGUCCUCUGGCACGCUUUGUACUGCUCACCAAAGAAUCUGUCUUCGUCAACCUCCAUGCCAUUGGUGGCUACCUGCUUGGGCUGCACAGGCACCCCGAGGACCUCUAUCUAGGCAGGGUGAUCCAGAGGGAUUCCCCUGACAGGAACCCCAACAGUCCCGGAUACCUACCCCAAGCUCUAUACCCCGACAAGUACCUGCCUGAAUACUGUGAUGGGACUGCCUACGUUAUGUCUCAAGAUGUUGUCCGAAAAGUGUACGUAGCGUCCGCGGCGGUCCUGGCACCUGUGCCGGCUGAUGUUUACAUGGGUCUCUGUGCUCGGAGGGCAGGUGUUGCGCCGACCCACAGCGCCAGGUUCUCAGGAGAGAAACACAUGCGCUACAACGCCUGCUGUUACAACUAUCUGUUCAGCUCAGCGAGAAUGGGAAGCCACGAGCUGGGCAACGUGUGGGCAGACCUGGUGCAGAAGGGCGGAAGUUGUUCAUUGUUACAGACGUACUAUGGUCUAAUAACCUGCAAGAGCCUCACAUACCUGGAUAAACUUUCCUUCUUCAACUCACAGGGACAGUCUGAUUCAUAUGGUUAAUUAUAUGAAUUUCAUAUCGAAGUUCUCGGGCAGAUAAGGUUCAACCUUGAGAACUGUAAUAUAAAAAGCAUCAGUCACAACAUUAAAACCACUGACAGGAGACGUAAAUAACACUGACCAUCUUCUGGCAAGAUGCUGGGUGUUACAGACACAGUCCCGCUCCUCCCGGUGACCCUCCUUCUCCUCCUGGUCCAGCCUGCCUAACUUUUUAGUCCCUACAAAAAACUCCAGCAGAAGCUUGAGUUGACAAAUAAAUAUGAACUAUGGAAACUAACCUUAAGAUCCCACACAGAAAAAGACUGUGGAACCCACUAAUGCAUGUAACGUGUGUAGAUCUAGGCGGACAGCCGUACAUCCUAAAGCUGUCACUCCUUGAGUGCCAGGCUUUUACAGCAAUGUCCCAUCGCAGGGGCCAGGACUGUGGGGCCAAUAAGACCCACAGCAGGUCAACAGAGCUCCAAUUGGGAGUCUCAGGG